UUGUUACUUCAAACAAUAAAACCUCUAGGAGAACUUUUCUAAUCCCCUAAGAGGGGGUAUGAGUUUAUCCUAAUGUCCUUCUUUGAGAAAAUGUCUACAAUAGAUUUGAUAGAGAAUCUCAGGGAAGAAUUGACCUGUUUCAUCUGCAUGGACUAUUUCACCAGUCCAGUGACCACUGAGUGUGGGCACAGCUUCUGUCUGGUGUGUCUCCUGAGGAGCUGGGAGGAACACAAUGCUCCUUUGUCUUGCCCUGAGUGCUGGAGAACCUUGGAUUCCCCGAAUUUCCAGCCCAAUGAGCGUUUGGGAAGGCUGGCUGCCAUCGGCAAACAACUCAGAUUCCAGAUGCUACAGAGUGAGGGUGAACACAGGAGAAUGCUGGCAGCUGCUAAGGAGUACACUGAUCAUGAGCAGGGGGCAAAUGCCUUCUCAGCUCAGUGUCAUGGGGCAAACAGAGCACACCUGUCCAGUGAGGCUGAGGAGCACCACAAAGAGAAACUCCAGGAAAUCCUAAACCGUUUGCGUAAACGGAAAAAGGAAGCUCAGAUCAUAUUAACUCAUGAGAAAGAAAGAGUGAUAUUGUGUAAGGUUAGUAUCUACCUCUCUCUACAUCUUGUGCAUGAUUCUGUGGAAUGGUAUAAAGCAUACCCUGUGGAAUAUCAAGAAAAGAAGACAAAUAUAUCCAGUCCCAGUCCUAGAACAUGCAGAAAAGAUUCUACAAGCAACUCCUUUGAAAAAGUCAAGGUAUUGUGA